AAGAGAGGACAGGAGUUUCACCAGAACAGGGAAAUGAAGUUGUCAGACAGGCUAGCCCAGCAACUCUCUCUUUACAACUAGGCAGCCAGCAAGUUCGGUGACAGGCGGUCAGGACUAGAGAGCUUUACAGGAAAUAUUGUAGUUAUGAAGCUCGACCGUGUGGGCCAUUUGUAGCUACGAUUACAACAACGGUAGAUAGCUACAGAUCUCAGAUAACGUUACAGUCCUUUUCCAAGUAAGUGGAAAAAAGAAAGUGGGCAAAACUUGCUAACCUACCAGCUAACCUUUAGCCGCACAGCUUCCCUCAGCUUUAAAACCAGAGUUCAUUCGGUUUAGGUUUGGGUUACCUGACCGUCGUCAUGCCUUUUCCUUUCGGGAAGUCUCAGAAGAGUCCAGCUGAAAUAGUGAGGAGUUUGAAAGAGAAUGUGGCUUACAUGGAAAAGCUGGAUGCUGGAGACAGCAAAAAGUGUGAAAAGGUUGCAGAGGAGGUGUCCAAAAAUCUGGCGUCGCUGAAGGAAGUGCUGUGUGGAACAGGUGACAAGGAGCCUCAGACUGAGGCGGUCGCUCAACUUGCACAAGAGCUAUACAACACCAAUCUGCUCAUAGCUCUAAUUGCAAAUCUGCAGAGGAUUGAUUUUGAGGGGAAGAAGGAUGUGGUUCAUUUAUUCAGCAAUAUAGUGAGACGUCAGAUUGGCACCCGUACACCGACGGUAGAAUACAUCUCUACACACCCACAGAUUCUCUUUAUGCUUCUGAAAGGAUAUGAGAGUGCAGAAGUAGCUCUGAACUGUGGUAUGAUGCUGAGGGAAUGCCUGCGUCACGAGCCUUUGGCAAGGACGGUGCUGUUCUCUGAGGAGUUCUACUGCUUCUUCCGCUACGUGGAACUUUCAACAUUUGACAUAGCCUCAGACGCUUUUGCCUCAUUCAAGGAUCUCCUCACAAGGCACAAGAUUAUGUGUGCAGAUUUUCUGGAGAACAAUUAUGACAGGGUGUUUACAGAGUAUGAAAAGCUCCUGCAUUCUGACAACUAUGUCACCAAGCGGCAGUCUUUGAAGCUCCUCGGAGAACUCCUCCUUGACCGGCACAACUUCACCGUCAUGACAAAGUACAUCAGUCGGGCUGAGAACCUGAAGCUGAUGAUGAACCUGCUCAGAGACAACAGCCGAAACAUCCAGUUUGAAGCUUUCCACGUCUUCAAGGUAUUUGUCGCAAACCCGAACAAGACUCAGCCCGUGCUGGACAUACUGCUGAAGAACCAGACCAAGCUUGUGGAAUUCCUGAGCCACUUCCAGACGGACAGAUCAGAGGACGAGCAGUUCUGCGAUGAGAAGAACUAUCUGAUAAAGCAGAUCCGGGACCUGAAGAGGCCCGCUGCUCCAGAGGAAGCCUAGAGCUGCCAGGAGGAAGGCUCCGUCAGGUGGUUGUUGUGAUUCGGUGUUGUAGGUGGAGCUACACAGGGCUACUUGAGAGUCUAAAGACACGCUUUAUUAAAAUCUAUUAACUCCAAAAUAUAGGAAAAAAAGUCAAGAUUACUUCCUUUCUGUUUUAGCGUGGAUGUGGAAGUGAUUUCCAUCCACCAACCUGAGUGGGCCAAGAACUGUUAUUUAAACCAUAGUGCUUCUUUAGUGGUAAUAAAAUGCCUUUUUUCCAUAUAACAUUGGACCUCAAACUGUUACCUUUCAGAACUUUCACAGUGACAGAAAUGUCCCCUCAUUCACAGCCUACGUGAACUCUGACAUGUUAUUUACAUCCUAUUUCAGACACUUGUUUGUAUUUUAGAGAGACCGAGGAGAAGCAAAGAUCUUAUUUUUCUAAUGUAUCUAUCUGGUUAAACAUUCAGUAACUCUUCUCUGCACGUGGCUUAGUCUGACGCAUAGGUUUGGUUUAUUGCCUUAUUGUAAGUUUUUCUGUUGUACAGGGACAUAAACGAUCUUUAGAAACAACUCUGGCAGAUGUGAGGCGGGUAUGGGCCGGGUCAGCUCAUAGUAACUUUUGGUGUUCAGUGUGUAGUGUUUUAGGCGGUCGGUUGCAUUUGUCUGAGAGGUCAUCCUGCAGAGCUGUACUCGCCGAUCCAUUAGCUGGCACAGGAAGAGGAAAUCAAAACCAGAGGGGAAUCAAUUUAUUGUGCUGUGAUUUUUUUUUUUUUUUUUUUUUCUUGCGCUCAGUGAGGCUUACAUGACUGAAAUAGAAACGAGGCAUCAGAUAAUGCUGUGAGGUACCAGCCAUCCAUCCACUGCUAACAUGGACAGCCUGGAUAAACCAGUUGAUCUCAGUGGGAGCACUCCAUUUCAUUCUUACAUACUGAGCACAGAUAGCAAUGACUUAUUUUUAAACCGCGAUUUAACAAACAACUCAUGUAUUCAUAUGCCAACAAAGGCCAUUCUCCUUCUUUACAGCAUAAGCACUGCUCAACACAAGAAAUAAUAUCGCAGUUUACACUGGUUUCACCAAAAAAGCAUGUUAUAGUAGUGUACAUAUAUGAUAUUCAUAUCAGAACAAGAAUAAUUAAGGCAAAAUGACUGACACAAUGGACAGACUUGGAGUUUGUAUUUUCUUAAGUACCAGGUUUUUUUGAGCAUUAGUGACUUUGUUGGGUGAAGUUUCUUUUUUAAUCAAGUCUACAUCCAAUUUCAAGAUUAAUUUGACCCAUUAAAGGGCCAGUGUGUAAGAUGCUGGUAGAUCUAAUGACGCAAAUGGAAUUUAAUAUUUAAAAUCAUGUUUUCGCAAGUGUUUAAUCAAGCUGUUGUGUUUUUGUCAGAAUGGAACGCUUAUAUCUACAGAGGGUGUGUUUCACCAUUUGUCAUGUCAGAAUUGAUUGAAAAAGAUGUUUCAUUUCUCAUUAUGCACUUAACUCUUUUAUUUUUGACAGGGCAAAAACCACCUCAAAUCAGCCAAAAAAACAAAACAUUUUUCAACUUGUUCUAUUUCCAUAAACAAAAUGGGCAUAAAAUAUGUUUAUGGAAAUGCACCCACUGCUCAAAUGAGGGACCUGAACAUUUUUGGUGGUGCAGUCUGCAACUUCACCACUUGAUUUCACUAAAUCUUACACACUGAACCUUUAACCAUCCAGAUAUUUCCAAAUAUUUGAUUACUUUGUGAAACAAAGAAAAAUAUGAAAUCCUCACAUUUGUGGUGCUGCAGCCGGCACAACAAACCAAACACAGUCCAUUAUCAGAAAACGUUAUUCUCAGUGGGAUCAUUAAGUCAGUGCAGCUCUAGUAUUGUCAUAUUUUUGUGUGAACUCUGAUAUGAUUAUUCCAGGACAUUUCAAUAUGACUCUAUAACAUGCUUGUGAUGCCUUCACAAAGUGUCACCACAUUAUGAAAAAAAGAACAUGCACUGUUUAAAUAAGAGUGAGUUUGUUUUGCAAGAUGAGCAAUAAUUUAUUGACUUCCUCAAACGCACAGUUGUGUAGCUACAUUACUUAAAAAAGGAUUCUGUUAAAUUAUUGCCUUCUGCCGUUGUCACUAAAGUGGCAUAUUAGGGAUUUCAAGAGAAAUGUUGUCUGUGCGCACAGUCUUUUAGUAUAUACCUCAUGGGGUUUGAGUUUGCAAAUGCUGCGUUCUCUUUUCUUUCCUUCCAAGGCAACAUAUUUUAUUUGACAUUUCAGACACAAAAGUGGUUUGUAUGCAUGCCUAAACUUGAUAUAUAAAUAUAUAUUAUAUGUUCAAACUUGAACAGGGACUGCGACCUGGUUUUCACAAUGGAAAACUAGUUUUUUUAAACAUAAAUAUUUCAUUGUGUGGUGCCACACAAACGUUAAUUCAUAAUGAAUUGCAGUGUGGUACCUUGUAAUGAAUGCCUUACCUUAUUUAAAGACAUUUAAUGGAUUGUUAUGAUCAUGUAAAAAUCCAGACCUCUUAAUUUGUUCUUAAACCAAAGUCAAUGUGAGAAAGGGGUAAAAUGUAUGUUUCAGAUCCCACAUGCAUCACUAGUCUCUUAGAUCCACAUCCAGUGCAGUGUAUGUUUAUCAUCCAACUGCAUUAUGUGUCAGGUAUGAUUCUGUGAGUGUAAAUGCAUUCAUGAGGAUCAGCUGUAGUGAGAGUAAAAAUAAUCUUUUAACUGUUUGUGUAAUGCACAUAACAGUGCUGAGGUCAACAGUGGGGCCUUUUAACCUCUAUGAAAUAGUGGUCCAAGUGUGCUGUAAAUGUGGUACAUUAUGCACCAGUCGACUGAAGUCCUGCAUGGUGCACCGUCAUGUCAGCAGCUGAUGAAAGAAAGUUUGUCUGAAUGUGUCUUUGAGCUUCUUUAGUUCUCUGAUCAUUCUCUUAUGAACACAUUUAUCGAAAUUAUUUUAACACAUUCAUCUACAUGAGCUCAAACACACUUCCCUCCCAUUGGUGUGUUUCAGAUCCUAAUAUGGGCUGUUCACUGUAAUAAGAUUUAGUUUAGCUGG